UGUGUCUCUGUGUUCUGGUCGUGUUCAGGAACGGGAGAAAGUGGGAAGAGCACCUUCAUCAAGCAGAUGAGGAUCAUCCAUGGAGCCGGAUACUCAGAUGAAGAUAAGAGAGGCUUCAUCCGCCUCGUCUACCAGAACAUCUUCACCUCCAUGCAGGCCAUGAUCCGCGCCACCGAGACCCUCAAGAUCCCCUACAAGUUCGAACAGAACCGGUCCAACGCCAUGCUGGUGAAGGAGGUGGACAUCGAGAAGAUCAACGGCUUCGACUACCCGUACAUCGCCGCCAUCAAGAGUCUGUGGGCCGACCCCGGCAUCCAGGAGGCCUACGACCGCCGCAGGGAGUACCAGCUGUCCGACUCCACCAAAUAUUAUCUUUCCGAUCUGGAUCGUAUUGCAGAUUCCGGCUAUCUUCCCACUCAGCAGGAUGUGCUCAGGGUUCGCAUCCCCACCACAGGAAUCAUAGAGUACCCCUUCGACCUGUCAAGCAUCAUUUUCAGGAUGGUGGAUGUGGGAGGUCAGAGGUCAGAGAGGAGGAAGUGGAUCCACUGCUUCGAGAACGUCACCUCCAUCAUGUUUCUGGUGGCGCUGAGCGAGUACGACCAGGUCCUGGUGGAGUCCGACAACGAGAACCGUAUGGAGGAGAGUAAAGCUCUGUUCAGGACGAUCAUCACCUACCCCUGGUUCCAGAACUCCUCCGUCAUCCUCUUCCUCAACAAGAAGGACCUGCUAGAGGAGAAGAUCUCCUACUCACACUUGGUCGACUAUUUCCCAGAGUUUGAUGGUCCCCAGAGGGAUGCACAGGCAGCGCGGGAGUUCAUCCUGAAGAUGUUUGUGGACUUAAACCCCGACAGCGACAAGAUCAUCUACUCUCACUUCACUUGUGCCACGGACACUGAGAACAUCCGCUUUGUGUUUGCAGCUGUCAAAGACACCAUCCUACAGCUCAACCUCAAGGAGUACAAUCUGGUGUAGAGGGGCCACGCUGCACCAACGCACACCUCCUCCUCCUCCUCCUCCUCCUCCUCCCCCCCGUCGGCCCUCCCAACCCCCCCUACGGCCCCCCAUUGCACAAAUGUACACCUCACCUCUUCGUUUGGACGUUUGUGUGCGCUCAAGUUCACAUGCAGCACAUAGACACACAUGCACAUGCACACACACACCGACAGGACCCUUCCUUUUUAUUUUCCCGCCACAAAUCAAACCCUCCUGCACCACGUCGCCCCUUCCUCUUUCACCGAAGCUCGCCCUCUUCCUCGUCGCUUGGCAGCUUGUCGUGUCAGAGUCCCCGCUGCGCCCCGAGCUGCUCCACGCCUCACAAAACCUUCCUCACGUAGGACUGUACAGUGACUGAAGGGGACUUUGCUGUUUUUCUGUGUGUGUGUGUGUGUGUGUGUGGUACGUGUGUGUGUGUGUGUGUUCGGGGCAGCAUUGACUAGCGAGGAGCUGUGUUUUGGUGAAUAGCGGCAUCAAAAAAAACCCUCCUGGCCCUCCAGAGUCUCCCCUCAGCGGUGAGAGAUCAGAUCCUCGUCGUGUCCUUUUCUGAGCUCCGGUCGCUGUUUGAAGGAAGCUGAUUUUAUCUCCUGAAGCCUGAAACCGGCGACCAAUUCUUCGGGGACUAGAGCGACUUGUGAGGACACGAAACACCGGGACACCGGGACACGAGGACACGCAGCCGAGGAUUCUGUCUCCAUCUCGCUACAACUAUGAAUGUACCCACCAGUGUGAGCAUCGCAAUCGCAAAAAAAAAAACAACAACCCUAGAAAUAUUAUAUUAUGAAGUAAAAAAAAAAAUGCAUUAUGUUAAAACACACUUAAGACAAAAAGCACGAGAGGGCAGCAAAAAACCCCAUAGCUAAUCAAAAAUCUGUUCAUUGCUAAAGGUUUUUUAAAUGUUUUUAAUGAUAGAUGAUGAAUUUGUUGCUACGUCUAACUUCUAUUUAACGAAUAACGGCUAAACGGAGCGGUGAGAAGAAGUGGUGAGAAAAUCUACAAAAACUCUAACGAAACAAGAGAAGCAACCACAAAUUUACUUGACAUAAGUAUCCUUUAAAGGUUUCUGUGAUUUGUUUUUUUAAUGUUUAAGUUAAUCACAUGGCUUCCCUCCUCCAGAUGUUUUCUGUUUGGACUCACAAGGACGAUCUAACAUGUGAUCUUCACACAUCUGGCUCCACUGAUUCACCCUCACACACCUUUUAUUAUUUUUAUUAUUAUUAUUAAAACACUAGUAGCAGGUGAGAGGAUCCUGCUUUGACUCACAGCUGCUCUGAUUGGUGGAAGAAGCAGAUGUGGAGGGGAGCGUGAUGUCAUCAGUGUUUAUCUGCAGCUUCGGGCUGCAAGUAGCUUAUUUAACAAAAUAAAAGCUGUAAAUUAAACACGCCCAACGACGUCACAUCUGCACACUGCAAAAAAAAAGGUCUAAAAAACUAGAUAAAAACAGUAAAU